GCAACCCUAAACCCAAUACAUUCCAGGCUGCCGUGUCGAGAUUAGUUUUGGCCUUUAGUUGCAGUUUAUGUUUUCAGUCAAAGUCUGAGGUAAUAAAAUAGAUUUUCUUUCAUAAGCGAGUAUGUCAAAUAAUUACCAAUUCCUUCUGACACAAAUUGGCUUACGGUUACACAACUAUACAAUGAAUCACCUACAAAAUAGCUUAUCUCUGUAACUUUAUCCUUGUUUUUUUUUAUUUUUUUGCGCCUGACAUCCGGUGUGGUGAGGGCUGGUGGUCAACGACAACGUCCUUUCUCUGCAUUUUUAUUUUUCUUGCUUGUUUGUUUAGAAGAACAAGAACUCCUCACUCAGCACUAGGUCACUUCUCCCUUUACCAAAACAAGCGCGGACGUGCUGCUGCGGUGCACUGUGGGAAAUGUAGUUCAAGCCUGUGGUUGUUUUGUAGAAAUCACGGGAGGGCGGAACUACUUUCCCGUCAUGCUUUCCGCCGGUUACUGCCAAACCUAACUCAACUGCGUCUUGUUUGGUAGCUUUCAGGGAAGUUUCCGCAGCAUGGAAGCCGGUCGGCUGCUAUAGUGGAAGGAGUGCUUUCUGUGAUUAACUAAACCCCUAGGCCAGGGGUGUCCAAACUGCGGCUCGAGGCCACAUGCGGCCCAGGAUGCAUAUGAAUGCGUUCCAGCUUGGUUCCCGAGGAAACGUCAUGUCGCAAAAGAUAUAGGAGGAGGAGGGACUCUGCCCAUUGCCCAAUCAAACUAUUGAAGUGAGCGUGUUGUCACAAUGGACAGUGAUCAGGCACCUCUAAUUAAUCCUUCAUUGUUUGAAGAAAGUGCCCAGAAUCAUUUUGCUGUUGCAGAUUCUAGGAGCAGAAGACCUUUCCACAUUGAACCAUCAUAUAUCACCUCAAUUAAUGAUGACGAACCACAGAGAAUCACAUCAGUAGCUUCUGCAAUGAAUAAACGAAUACACUAUUACAGCAAACUUAGUAAUCCCUCAGACGUUGGUCUGAUUGCUCCUGAUCAUGUUCUUCCUGCAGCCGAAGAAAUCUACGUUUACAGUCCAUUAGGAACUGCUUUGAAAAUUGAUAGCAGUGAUAGCUCAGAAAAAAACUCCAGCAUUGUAACAAUAUUUAUGAUCUGGAACACGAUGAUGGGGACAUCUAUACUCAGUAUUCCCUGGGGAAUAAAACAGGCUGGAUUUACCACUGGUGUUUGUGUUCUAAUCCUUAUGGGCCUUUUAACGCUGUACUGCUGCUACAGAGUUGUGAAAUCGCGAGGAACUAUACCACUCACUGAUACAUCCACAUGGGAGUUCCCUGAUGUUUGCCAGUACUAUUUUGGUUCUUUUGGCAGGUGGUCAAGCCUUCUGUUCUCUUUGGUGUCUCUUAUUGGUGCCAUGAUUGUGUAUUGGGUAUUAAUGUCCAAUUUCCUCUUCAAUACUGGAAAAUUUAUUUACAAUUAUGUCAAUCAUGUAAAUGUCACCGAUGAUGUUUUAAGCAACAACGGGACAGAUAAAGUUAUUUGUCCUAAUCCUGAUAGUACAAGACCCUUAAAUAAAUCCAUGGAAACCUAUUUUGGAAAUGGGACAAAUUUUGAACACUUUGAAACUUGGUGGAGUAAAACAAAUACUGUUCCUUUUUAUCUCAUUGUGUUGCUGCUGCCUCUUCUCAGUUUUCGCUCACCUUCAUUCUUCGCAAAGUUCAACAUUCUAGGCACAGUGUCUAUAAUUUAUUUGGUAUCAUUAGUCACAUUAAAAGCAGCACGUCUGGGAUUUCAUUUACAAUUCAUUUGGAACCAAGUUCAGGAAUUCUUUGUUCCAGAAUUUAGAGUCUCUUUUCCGCAGUUAACAGGAAUUUUAACUCUUGCAUUCUUCAUUCACAAUUGUAUUAUCACACUUCUAAAGAACAACAGAAAUCAAAAAAACAAUGUAAGAGAUCUUUCCAUAGCAUAUCUGCUGGUUGGUUUAACAUACGUCUAUGUUGGAGUUGUGGUAUUUGCUUCAUUUCCAUCCCCUCCACUGCCCAAGCAGUGUAUUGAGCAGAACUUUCUAGAUAAUUUCCCCAGUAGUGACAUUUCGGCAUUUGUUGCAAGAAUAUUCCUGCUUUUCCAAAUGAUGACUGUGUACCCAUUGCUGGGUUAUCUUGUCAGAGUUCAGCUCCUAGGACACAUCUUUGGGGACAUUUAUCCAAGUGUAUUGCAUGUUCUGGCAUUGAACGUUGCAGUUGUUGGAGUUGGCGUGGUUAUGGCCAGAUUCUACCCCAACAUUGGAGGAAUUAUUAGGUUUUCGGGAGCAGCUUGUGGACUUGCGUUCGUUUUUGUUUACCCUUCUCUAAUUCAUAUGAUUUCUCUUCAUCGACGUGGUCAGCUGAGAAUAUACUCCAUACUUAUUCAUGCUAGCAUUAUAGCUUUAGGGAUCUCUAAUCUGAUUGCACAAUUCUUUAUGUAAUUUAUUUAGUUUUUUAAUGUGCUGAGUUUAUCCUUUUGAAAAAGUCGUCUUAACCUGAAGAAAACCUCAAGACCAAGUAUGUUUUUACUCUGAUAUAUGACCAAAGCCAAUUGCAAUGUCUUUGUUGCCAGACUUGUUACGAGGAUGAGUUAGUCUGACUUCCAUCCAAUUAAAGGGUCAGGCUACUUCUAUAUACACCUUAGUUCAACAUAAGCACAGUAAAUAGGACUUGUGUUAAAAUUGUUUUAUGUCUAUGUUUAGUAAUAUAAUUACUAAUC